UAUUGACCAUGCAUGUUUGAUGACAUGUAACUGUUGAUAAGCAACUAGUGACCUCACCCUUCUCAUCCAGCCCAAGAUACUUUCUCAAAAUAUCCAAAACAACUUCACCAUCAUUCACUUCCCUACAAAUCCACACAAACAAAUAAAAGAUAGAAGUAGCAUUACACAACAAAAAUGACCAUCACUAACUACACUCCUCUCUUCUUCCUCUGCUUCAUAAUCCCCCUUAUACAUAGCAAUGUUGAAACACAUUCAGCAGGUCCUUCAGCACAGAUUAUGCAUUCAUUUCAUGAAGACAUAGAUGGUUCUAAAUUUUCAUGGCAUGGUAAUAAUAGUGCAAUGUUUUGUAUAUUCUCAAUUCUCAGUUUCCUAACAUGUGUUAUGUGUGUGGUUUUUAUAGGUUCUUGCACAAACAAAGACAUAAGCAUUUCACAAAGUAGAGAGACUCUAAGUGGAAUCCCUCAAUAUGUAGUGCAAAUUAUGAACACAUGUGUUUCUUCUAAGUGUGCUCCAUAUAAUAUCCAUCUUCACUGUGGUUGGUUUGCUUCUGCAAGAAUAAUCAACCCGAAAUUGUUCAAGAGACUUUCUUUUGAUGAUUGUUUGGUGAAUGGAGGAAAACCUUUAACCUCUAGCCAAAUCAUUAGAUUCACUUAUUCUAACUCCUUUUUGUAUCCUCUUGCUUUCAAGUCUGCCAAAUUUUGCUGACUCCAAAAGAAGAUGUUGCACUUGCGUGGAUCCGUAGCUCACAGUCUAUGUAGCACCGACACUUUAAAUUAAGGGUGUGUCUGAUCUGAUUAACCAAAGUCUGACGUGUCGUAUCUGAUAUCUGUGUCAUUGUGUCGAUGCUUCAUAGAUAGAUGACAUGGUUGAAGCUUCAAAUCAGGAUGGAAAAAUGUACAUUUGUUUUUCUUUUUGUGUGUGUCAAAAGUGAAAAAAGAAAAUUGGCCUUUUUGUGGACAGACAUGGUUGCCAUAACUCUAUUUUUUACAUCUCUCACAUGUUCCUGUUACAUUACCAAUUUACCAUCAACACAUCACAUCUGUAACUUCCAUGUCUUCAUGACUUCAAAUCACACUCUUCUUCCACCUAUGAUGUGAACAAUAUUCUUUUUGCAGGUGAAAGUACAGUACUACAGUAACAACCUUUUAUUGCAUUCAUAGGUUUAACAUGUUCAGGGUUUCUAGAGUAUGACGUUUAUCAAACUCCCACAUAGUAACUUGACACAACCUUUUAGGAAAAGUUGAAAUGCAUGUGCAUAUCAGUCUCAAAGAGUAUUAUUGUG